CAUAAUCAGAUUAACAACCGGGUUGUUUCUAGCUUGAACUUUGGCAUUUUCUUCAAUAAAAACUUCCUUUCUUUGUACCAUAUAAUUAAAAUAAUAUCAUAAGGCAAAGUGAAUAAUACUAGAAGCUAUAAGAAAAUAAUGAAGAGAUAAAGCAAGCCUGCAAAUAUCAAGAGAAAGUGUAGGGUUAACUUACCUGCCACUUAAUAUAUUCACAUAAUUGUAGAUUUAGCCAGUAGCAGGCACUAUGUAAAUGUGCACUGGAACUGGAGAAGACCCAAAGGCAGGCAAGAAACUGAAAGAAAGAAGAAGCCAGAAGAGAAGUUUCAUGCAAAGUAAAGUAACUGAAUUGAACAAUACACAACCAGAUAUUUUACUACAAUCUGAAAGAAAAAUCAUUAAUUAUAAAGUUAAAGCCUUAGUCAGAAGACUGAAUAUUUAAAUUCUUUCAUCGGCACCAUGGAAAAAUGCAUUAAUGAGUUAACAGAUGGACAGCUGCAGACAUUUUUCUGCACGAAGAAGACCGAGAUCUCGCUGAUAGACGGACCUCUUAUACUGCUAAACCAGUUAAGAGACAAUUACAUCCUUCCAGAAGACAAGUAUCAGGGCAUUCUUAAUACCUCAGAGAAAAAGGAGAAAAUCAUCGCUAUUUAUACGUUUUUGUGUCGGUUAGACAAAAAACCAAAGAAAAUUCGUCGCUUCUGGGAAUUAGUAUUUGAGGAUGACAUUAUGACAUUUUACCCAGAACUUGGAAAACUUAAAGACAAAAUUUUGGAAGCUUUUAAAAAUGAUUGCAAUCAGAACACACAUGCAGGAAAUGAAGAAACAGAGAUGAUCUCAGGCAUUAAUGGUAUACCCAAUGAUCAGCUGCUGGUCUUUUUCCACAUGAAGAAAUCUGCUAUUUCACUGAUAGAUGAACCUCACGUACUGCUAAACCAGUUAAGAGACCAUUCAUUUAUUUCAGAAGACAUAUAUCAGGAUAUAAUUGAUACCACAGAUAAAAAGAAGAGAGUUUUGGCCAUUUAUAAGUUUUUAGAUGGGCUGGAAAGAACAGAACCAAAGAAGAUCCGUCAUUUCUGCGAAGCACUAUUUGAGGAUGCUAUUGUGCGAUAUUACCCAAAACUCCAAAAUCUUAAGGAUGAGCUUUUGCAAGGUAAUCGCACUCAAAACCAACAUAUGCAAAUUGUAGAAAUACAGAUAACAGAUGUGAGGCACAUUGACAACAAUGAAGAAUCGACCAACAGUGACCAUUCUCUUGCCUCCAGUCCAGCUUUAAUAAUCCCCUCAUUAACUGACAGUGAUGAAGAAGCAAGCAACAGCGGCCAUUUCAAUUCACAUUCUCAAGAACCAAGAGCUUCAUGGGAACACUCUGACUCAGAUACUCCUAACAUUAGCAGGCAAUCGGCAGGAUCUUCAGCAGUGAAAAGUAUCAGCUAUAAGCGCUCAGUUUUUGACGACGAAGAAGAAAGCAGUGGAUUCCAUUCCUGCUCCAGGGAUCAUGAAAUUUCACCCGUAUCGCAACAGUCUGACUCAGAAACUCCUAAUGUUAGUAGGCAAUCACUACGAUCUUCUGUGGCAAAAAGAAUCAAACUUAAAUUUUCAGCAGAUUCUGAGAGUGAUGAUGAAGCAAGAAACAGUGGUGAUGACCUUAAGGAGCAACCUGAACGUUUUUGUCGGGUGUUUGACUCGGACUCGGACUCUGACUCUGUCUCUGACACUCCUGCCAUUGGCAAACACUCACUACGAUCUUCUGCUGUGAAAUGUUCCGCCUCCAAACGUUCAGGUGGUCAUUUAAAAGAAAACCAUGAUAUUGUGAAAGACACAACUGAUGAAUUUUUAAAGAAAGAUGAGAUUCCUGUGAUCUGUAAGAAAACAAAAGGCAUUCUCAGCAAAAGUAGAAUGGCAACUGAAGGUUCAUAUUGUAUACGUUCUCGUAAUAAAUGGAUGUUUUGCUCUGAAUUUGAAAUUCUGUCAGGACGUGAAAAGAACAAAAAAUGGAAGGAAAGCAUUUAUAUCGAUAUGGAUGAGUUGAAGAAGAAUUUAAGAAGUGCAUCUGGUGGCCUCGUCAAACGCCGCAUGACACUGGGUGACUUGAUUAAGGAACAAGGACUAACAUGUGAAAAGCAAGAGCUGCGUCAGUCAUUCAUUGAGGAAAACCUACCUCUAUUUAGUGAAUGAAGGCUGUCGGGUUAUUUGGAUCAUAUUCCACAAGAUAUGGCUAUCUAUGCUGUUGAUCAACAUCUCUACUUCUCCAAGAAAAUUACUAAUUUUUGGAUAUUUCUGGAUAUCCCUAUGACAGUCCAGGUUGACUCCACACUCCAAGGUUGUUUCUGGGAGCCACUUGAACCCAGAACUGUUAUUAGCAAACCCAAGGAUGAGCCAGGCAAAUGAGGACACACACAUUUAGCAAGAGGUGGUGCAAAGCAUUUUGGUACCUUUAUUUACAACAGUGUCUACAAAACUUGACAUCUCCUCUACUUACGCCAAAUGGGAUCCUGCACCCAGAACAGAAAUCCUUUCGAUAGACACAGCCAACCUUUUAACUGGGUCCGGGUCCCUGCUGCUGUCGCAGGCUCCCAGUACCGAGCCUCAGUCCUCUAACUCCCACUGCCACUCCUUGGUCUUUCAAAGGAGCUGUCCUGAACAACGGGUCACUCCAUCUACCUAAAGAUGUUCAGCUGAAGAGACCCUCUUCAGCCCCCUCGAGUGUUGGCCAUACGCUCCUCCUUAAGGCUCUCUACCGGGCUCUCUGCUUCCUCGUUACUGAAUGCUGGCAUCUCCCAUUCCAGCCAUCUCUGACAUACUUUUCUUUAACCUUCAAUGGUCAGUCAGUCUGUCUUUCUUUCUUCUCCAUUUAUAGAACUAAUUGGAUACAGGUGCUGUUCUUCACUUGCUCCAUGGUGUGAAUGAAGCACUUGACUGACCCGAUCGCAUUUGCAUGUAAAUGCCUGAUCAGCCAAGCACCCCAAUCAACCUCGGAAUGGCACCUGACUGGGGUCAAUUUGGAACCAAACAAACCUCUCUCAUCACAAUCCCAUAUUAAAAAAUUCAGCCAGCUAUGGUAUAGUGCAAUUAAUGCCCAAACAAGCACAUAAGCCAGAGUGGGCAUUGAUCACACAACGUGAGCAGAAUCGGAUCUUGAGGUAGCAAAUGCAGGAAAGACGUAGAGGAAUCCAGUCCUGUAGUGAAAGAAGAGACUCAGACAACACACUUAACACAAGAAAGCAUCUGAGCUACCAGCCUGGUCAGCAUUGAGGACGACUCACUUUUACUUCAGUCUUCAGAAACAGCAGCUCAUUUUUCUUCUACUAUCUGAACAAUGUCUAUGCAAAUUUUUAUCAAUGUGAAUUUUCAAAAAGCAGAAUUUCUGAAGAGUAAAACAUUGUGUGUAUUUGCAUAGACUAUUUGUUUUCUGGUUUAAUUAUGCAGAAGUGAAUAUGUUAGACAGAAUAUAUCGUGAGUAAAAGUAGCCAUUUGUGUUUCAAAAUGAAACGAAGUAAAAGUGAAAGUAAACAGAAAAUUUUAUUCAAGCAAAUUAGAAACAUUCACAAAUCAUACAUAUCUGUAAGUACAGUCCAGAACUGGACAAAACAGGAUAUGUGAAAGAUAAAAGUUUAGAAUCUGACAAAACAGUCGGAAUACCAAAACGUUUUAAAGGGAAGGCACUUGCAAAAAGUUUUUAAUUCAUAUCCAUAAAUUCGGGCACAGGACACAUGGUGCUGGCUUAUAAUAACAUUAUAUUGAUGUUGAUAUCCUGCAACACCACUUCCAAAGCAAUGGGCACCAAGUCAAGCCCCCUAGCAAGAGCAAUGCCACUGAAUACACAAAAUGGUGGUGCCCACUAGGAAAAUGUGACAUUACAGAAAUUACAAAACGUGUACCUGAAGAACACAAUGAAAGUGAAAUUAAAUUCUAUGAAAUUUAGAAAUUCACUUUGUGGAGAACCCACAAAUUUAUUAAACCUUAGGAAAAUGACUGUGCCACCUAUUUAUUUAUUCAUUAUUAGCACUAACAGGGUGCAAGGCAGGAACAAACCCUGGACUAGAUGCCAGUCCAUUGCAGGGAGAAGACACUCACACACCCACUAAACACACACUAGAGCCGAUUUACUGUUGUCACCUCACCUAACCUGCGCGUCUUCAGACAGUUUCAGGAAACUGGAGCACCUGAGGGAACCCAUGUAGACACAGGAAGAAC